ACCCAGCGCUCCUCCUCAUCCUCCUCGUCCGCUACUACCGGAUCCCCGCCGCCCGCCUCCACCUCCGACAGCUUUCGCUUGAGCUCGGGCUCGGCGGACGCCAUGGUGCUACGUCAGAGAGCCGCGCCGGGCGCUCUGGGAGUGACACACGCAGCGCGCAAAGGACGGCGUGAGGCGGCCAUGGCUGAAUGUUUAUCAGAAACCACUAACGCAGCUGGUCCUGUAGAUGCCAAGGAAGAACUCUUGGAUGAAUGUCAGAGUAUUCAGAAGGAGAUGGAAGAGUAUCAGAGCAAGUUAAUGCUUCUAGGAACAGAGACAUUGCUACCAUCAGAUGCCAAGCUUUCCUUGUUAAUGCUGCAGUGGAAAGCUUUAUCAGCGGAGCAUCGUCAGUGGCAAAUGAAAAAUCCUGAAAUAAUUUCUACCAAUCCAGAUGUACUGUUAGAAUUAGGAAAAGAAGAGUUGCAGAAAGUAAAAAAUGAUCUUGAAAUGGUACUGUCAGCAGUUCGGUCAAAGAAUAAAAAGCUGGAAAAAGAUCUGGAAAGAGAAAAGCAGUGGUAUGAGGAACAGGAACAGAUGAUAGCUGCUCUUACUAAAACUGAAGAAGAGGCAAAAACCCAAGUUGGACAACCUUCCGCAGAAAGUUUGGAAGUCAAAGAAUACAGUGAACUGAAAAAUAAAAUACUGGAAUUAAAGACCUUUAAGAAUGAACUCUUGAGUACUUUGGGUGAACUCCUGGAUGAACAUUUUCCCCCUCCAGAGGAAUGUAAAAAUACUAAAAAGAAGAGGUCUUCUACAAAGCCAGCUGUAAAUCUGAUAGCAUUGAAAGAUAUUUUAGAGCGUCUGAUAAACAAAUUAAUAACCACACCACAUGACCCUUACAUAAGUAUCGAUGAGUCAUUUUGGCCACCUUAUAUUGAGCUGCUGCUGCGAUAUGGAAUUGCCCUAAGACAUCCACAAGACCCAGAGAGAAUGCGCCUCCAAGCUUUUCACAAGUAGUGUAACCUACACAUGCACUUGAAAACAAAACAACACCAGUACUUUUCAUUUACGGCUAGGACAUACUAAGGUUUCAUAGGAAGCUUUUUUGUCAACCAUCACUUCUCAUUGAAUAGUUUUUAUUUCUUUUCUGUUUAAGUGGAUAUUUAAGAACAUAGGAAAAGUAAAAAAGGAAUCUAUGUUAACUGCUUACAGUUGGCCUUCAGUGUUAUAUGAAGAUCUGCAUUGUGGAAGGUUUUUAUAACUGUUUCUGUAAGAUGCUAAUUCAUGUAAUAGACAAAGAUGUUUAACACUCCUAUUUACUUUAAAAAUCAUGCUUCCUACAUUACUUCUAUGGUUUAGAUUUCUUAGAUUGCCUAAAGUUGUCUCAAUUUCCUUUAGUAUUUUUUUGUAAUGUGUAGGAUACAUGGCCUUGCAAACAUUUGGAGCUAACGGACAGGUAUCCUCUCAAGAAUGUGUAAUGCCUUGUGUGUUUCUUGGAGCCUUUGCAAACAAUUUUAUUGGCUGCAAGGUAAACACUUAGGAAAGCUGACACAUCUUUCUGUGCGAAGUGCAGCAGGUGUUGAGUCUGCACCGUUCACUUCAUGCUUUUUGUGUUAUGCUAUAUUGCCUUACAGUAUCUGUCUUCACUUAUUCAGACCUAGUUUAUAAAGGUUUUUAAUGGGUCUCUGUUCUGUUGAUCUCUACAGCUUCUAAGUGAUGUCAGUUGAGAAUUACCUUCUGACUCAAUGCUGGCAUUCUAUGUAAUCUCAGUCUUUUCUGUGGCCAUUGUUAUUGUAUUGUAUUUGAUUGUAUUGAGUACAAAAAUUUUACUCUUGUAUAUCUGUAGCGAGUAAAACUUUGGAAAACCAA